GGGUCCAAAUCGCUCCACGUGGCAUCGGACGUGGCGCAAGGUGCGUCCCGGUAAAUGAUACGCCUCGAUCUCAUGUCUCUCUCAGUCCUUUUGCUUUCUUCUCCGGUCUCGCUGUAACUCCACUGAAGCUUUCGCUAGAGAGAGAAAGUAGAGAGAGAGAGAGAGAGAGAGAGAGAGAGAUUUUGUUUUCAGAUUUGUUACACGAGAAAACGAGGUCGUUUUGGAUCGGCGAUGGACUGCAAUGAAGGAGGAAGAGGAGGCUCGACGAAAACGGAGGAGCGGGGAGAAGCUCUGGUGUAUAUGUGGGGAUAUCUUCCCGGAGUAUCGUCGGAGAAGUCUCCGACACUGUCUCUGACGCCGGUGCAGUUCCCGAAUCGGAUGGACGGUGGGGAUUCGUGGAAGGACGUCUGCGGCGGCGGUUGUGGAUUCGCCAUGGCCAUCUCAGAGUGUGGCAAGUUAAUGACAUGGGGGUCGACCGACGACGGGGGGCAGAGCUACGUCGUUUCAGGGAAGCACGGGGAGGCCCCGGAGCCUUAUCGUCUCCCAAAUGAGGCUUCAAUACUCAAGGCUGCUGCCGGUUGGGCCCAUUGCGUUUCUGUUACGGAGAAUGGUGAAUUAUACACUUGGGGUUGGAAAGAGUGUGUCCCCUCUGGGAAUCUUAUCGGUGAUCUGGGUAUGGUGGGACGCCUUCAAAGGGAUACUACCGGUAAUCAAAGUUCAUUACUAGUUGAACAAGUAAACUUGGUGCCUCAAGGCUUCAAUCUGACUAGUGGGACAGUAUCUAAUCUUGACAGCAAAAGGGCCAGAGAGGACAUUGCAAAGCGAAGGAAGAUUUCGUCUGCUAAACCUGAAUCUGAAAGUUCAACAGGUAGUGAAGAAUUCUUCACUCGGUCUCCUUGUCUUGUAACUCUGGGUCCUGGAGUGAGAAUCACUACUGUUGCAGCUGGCGGACGCCACACUUUAGCAUUAACAGUUUCAGAUAUGGGACAGGUGUGGGGUUGGGGCUAUGGAGGCGAAGGACAGCUAGGUUUGGGUACCAGGGUAAAGAUGGUUUCUUCUCCUCAUGUCAUACCCUGUAUUGAGCCAUCUACUUCUGGGAAGGAUAGGUCUUCAGUGGUAUCUCAAGGUUCAAAGGUUCCUGGAAGUUGUGUGAAGGAGAUUGCUUGUGGAGGCCGGCACAGUGCAGUAAUAACAGAUGCUGGAGCACUGCUUACGUUUGGCUGGGGGCUCUAUGGACAGUGUGGGCAAGGGAAUACAAAUGAUCAGCUAAGACCAAGUUAUCUGAAUUCAUUAUCCGGUACUAAAGUGAAAAACAUCGCUGCCGGACUAUGGCAUACUCUAUGUAUAUCUGAUGAUGGUCGUGUACAUGCUUUUGGUGGGAAUCAGUUUGGACAGUUGGGAACAGGUGGCGACGAGGCUGAGACUCUACCUAAGAUAUUGGAUUUUCCAGGUUUGGGAAGCAAGCAUGCAAAAGUAGCCUCCUGCGGCGCCCGACAUAGUGUCAUUCUAACAGAAGACGGCCACUUAUUUAGUUGGGGGUGGAACAAGUAUGGCCAGCUUGGCCUGGGCGAUUCCGUGGAUAGGAACAUUCCUUCUCAAGUUUCUAUAGAAGGUUGCCUACCGAAAAAUAUUGCAUGUGGCUGGUGGCAUACGCUACUUCUAGCCGAAAGACCCAUUUGAUGAUGACGAUAGAAAAGGAAUGACUUGUUAGGAUGACCAACUUCAACUAGCCUGUGUUAUUAGGUGCAUACUUAGGCUUGUAUCAUGUGUACAUUAUUUCUAUGCGCGCAUUCGCGGAGCCGUACGGGCAUGUGUUCCAUUCUUUCUAGUUUUUAAGAUGCUGGUUUUCAUCAAAUUGCAUAGAAAUCUUCUGCAACCCAUUUGAUAAUUUACAGUCUUCUGAUGAGGAUUGAUGGUGAUGUCUCCUAGGUCUCGUCGUCGUCAUGUGGUUUCGAAGCACAAUAUUUGACGGCUUACCCGCUUUUCUUGGAUGCAAAUGGAGGCGCAUCAUAUCCUGCUUGAUAUUGAACUUCUUCUGCGUUGCAGAAGAUGCAGCAGCGGCCAAAACACAUCCAUUCUGUGAAAACUCAAUGGAGCCUGGGCAUAUUCAAGCCAACAUAACAUUUAGAACAGCGACAAUUACGGCCUUCUUUCAACUAAAUUACGAUUUUCGUCUUCCUAGUUUCCGAACAACUGUUGGUCUAUGUAGUUUCCUUUUUCGCAUUUGGUAUCUGUAGUUACUAAUUGCAACAAUUCAAGGACAAAAUUCCACAACUCUUUCAACACAAUUAGCACAUCAUAGACAAAUGUGAGAGUAAAUAGGGUGUUUUACACGAGUAAAACACCCCGCAUUA